AUGUUACUUUUACUAAAAAUUCUAAGUUUAAUUUUUUUUUUUAAAGUCAGUAGUGUUUUUACACAAAAUGUAAAAACAACACCUUCUACAUCAAAAUGUACUUUAACUUCUCUUGACUUAGUAUUUGUUAUUGAUGAAAGUGGAUCAAUUGGAAAAACAAAUUAUGAAAAAUCUAUGAACUCAAUUGCAAAUAUGGUAAAUAAUAGUUUAACAAUUGGACAAAGUGUCUCUGAUUCACAUGUUGGUAUGGUAUUAUUUAAUCACUUACCACAUUUAUUAUUUGAUUUAAAUAAAUAUACUAGUAAUGGGGCUGUUAUUCAAGCAAUUAAAAAUGCUCCAUAUAGUGGAGGUGGUACAAGUAUCUAUUUAGGUUUAAAAUAUGCUAUUGAAAAUGUUUUUGGAAAAGAUGGGGAUAGAGCAUCUAGUCCUAAUGUUAUAUUACUUAUGACUGAUGGCCAAGAUGGUAGUGAAAAUUUAUUAAAAACAUUAAAUUUUGAAGCUACAAAAAAAAAUAUAUCUAUAUAUGCAAUUGGUGUAGGAAAAAAUUAUAAAUAUAGUGAACUUUUAGCUGCAGCUGGAAAUGCUUCAAGAGUUUUUAGUGCUGAAAAUUAUACAAGUUUAGAAAAUGUAUUAAAUUCAUUUUGUAAGAAUGUACAAAAUAAUACUCCAAAACCAGAUGAUAUUUCUGAUUCUUCAUGUUCAAAAAAUAUUAAAAAUCUUUGGGUUGAUAUGGUAUUUGUAGUAGAUACAAGUAAAGGUGUUGGUAAAUUAGGACUAUUGGGAAUUGAAGGAGCAAUUGCUGGUUUUGUUAGUACAAACUUUACAAUUGGUAGAAAUAAUAUGAGAUACAGUAGAGCUGGUAUUGUUAGUAUGGGAACAUCAGCUAAUAUUAUUGCAAAUCUUGAUAAAUAUUAUAAUAGUUUACAAUUUACUGAUGAGUUAUUUAAAAUACCUUUUAAUAAUGAUGAAGAACCAAAUAUAUAUGAUGGAUUAAAAAAAGCAGAAACAAUAUUAAAUCGUUCAACAGGAAAUCCAAAUAGAAAACAAGUAAUUUAUUUAUUUAGUUCUAAAACAAAUAUUGAAUGUAAUUCAGUUGUUAGAAGUAGUUCUACUGAUCAGGAUCCUUGUCGUUUAGCUGCUUCAUUAAAAGAAAAAGGUAUUACAAUAGUUACAUUUGCUUUAAAAUAUGAUAAUAAUAAUAAUGUUAAUUUAAUGAAAGAUAUUGGUUCUAAUUGUUUUAAUUUCUUUAAUGAUGAAACAAUAAUUGAAGAUAUGAUAACAAGUGCUUUGUAUGUAAAUUGUUUUUGCCCACAACCAUUAAUACAAUUUAAAGAUGAUACAAAGUGUCUUAAAACAGCUGAAUGUAUAUAUGUUCAUGAGACACCAUCAACAUGGAAUACAGCAAAAAUUAUAUGUCCAUUAGAUGGUAAAAAUGCUACAUUAGCAAAUGAUUUUUCACAAGAAAAAAAUGAAUUUUUAGUUCAACAACUUAACACUUAUAAUUCUUAUCCUUAUUAUAUAGGUUUAUAUUUACAAGCACCUGGAAAAUUUGUAUGGAGUUCUGAUACUUCUCUAGGGAAUUACAAAAAUUGGGAUGUUAAUGAGCCUAAUUUAAAAAAUGGUAAUUGUGUUCAAAUUAAUUCAAAAGGAAAAUGGGAAAUGGUUAGUUGUAAUGAUUUUGAACAUGCUUCAAAUUACAUCUGUGAAGAACCUGCCUGUGAUGCAGAUAAUUUUUGUUCUUAA